AUGUCAUCACCUUUUCAUUAUGCAUCGUUAAAAUAUUCAGAUUUUAUUGUUAAUGAAGUGGGUUUGGAUGGAAAUGUUGUUCAUUUAACUACGUUGGACUCUCCGUUGGAGAUUGCAGUGGAAAAGAAAGUAGAAGUAGCUGAUUUACAGGAAAAAGAUUAUACUAAUGAGAUAGAAUCGUUCAGAGUUCUUGCUGGUGAUUCUGAUGUUGAGAAAUUGAAAAAACUCAUUGAUCAAGUUGUUUCAGGAGUUAUUAACGAUGAUGAAUCUAUUGUUCUUUCUCCGAGCUCUGACAAAUCUCAUCGAACUGCUGUUCAUAACUUCUUCAAGGAGAGAAUGAAAUUCCUUGUUACUGACACAGUGGAUGGGCCUGAUUCUUCAUCGAAGUGUAUUCGUGUGCGAAUGAAUUCAGGAAGUAACAAUGGCAGGGGAAGGAACUCCAGGAAAAGAAAAAAUCGAGAUGAUAAACCAUAUGAUUCUAGAGGCUCUGAUAGUAGUUGGCCAGAAAACCUUGGCAAGUUUCUUAGGUUUCAUCUUUACAAGGAGAACAAGGAUACACAAGAAGCCCUUGGGCUCCUUGCUAAGAUGCUUGGCACUAAGCCCAGGUCCUUUGGUUUUGCUGGCACAAAGGAUAAACGUGCAGUAACCACUCAGAGGGUUACCGUUUUCAAGCAGCGGGCAAGUAAGUUAGCUGCACUUAAUGAGAAAUUGAUUGGUAUUAAAGUUGGAAACUUCUGCCAUGUUAAUGAAGGACUUGUUCUCGGGCAACUCCAAGGAAAUAGAUUUACAAUUACAUUAAGAAGCAUCAGUGCUGAGAAUGAAGAUAUUAUUAGAGCAGCUGCUACUUCUUUAGGGGAGAACGGAUUUAUCAACUAUUUUGGUUUGCAGCGCUUUGGAAGCAGUUCUAUAGCUACACAUCUCAUUGGAGCCGCAUUACUGCGAGGGGAAUGGAAAGGUGCUGUAAGCAUGGUUUUGGAGCCGCGAGAAGGAGAGAAGGAUGCCACAAGACAGAUAAGAGAAUAUUACAAGGAGAGUGGUGACAUUGAGGGUACUUUAAGGCAGUUGCCACGAUAUCUUGUUGCAGAACGUUCUAUUCUGCAAUGCUUCCAAAAGAGUCCUGGGAAUUACUUACAAGCUUUGUUGGCGAUACCUAGGACAUUGAGAAUGAUGUUUGUGCAUAGUUAUCAGAGCUAUUUAUGGAACCAUGCAGCGAGUAUGAGAGUUCAAAACUAUGGGUUCAACCAGGUUGUAUUGGGUGAUUUAGUAUACUGCAAAGAAGAAGAUAAUGACAAAGAAACAUUAACAUCUCCUUUGGAGUGUGAAGAUGACGCUGGCAAUGAUGAUACACACAUUGAUUGCAAUCUUGAGGACAUACCAGUGGCUGAUCUUUCUGAAGUAAAAAAUGCAUCUGUUAAGGUUAUUAGUGAGGAGGAUAUUGCUGCUGAGAAGUAUUCUAUUGAAGAUAUUGUCCUUCCUUUACCAGGGUCAAGGGUGUCUUAUCCAUCAAAUGAAAUUGGAAAAAUCUAUCAUGACUUGGCGAAAAAGGAUGGUAUCAGCUUGACGGAGAGUGCACAUAAUUCAAAGGAAUUCUCAUUAACCAAUAUGACUGGAGCAUAUAGGCGGGUGUUUCAAAAGCCCAAGGAUUUUGAGUGGGAAUUGCUCAAGUACACAGAUCCAAAUCUACCACUGGCAGAGACAGAUAUGGACGUUAUUGCCAAGUCACGUGCAUCCAGGAUUGUCAGAGAUUCGGAUGAAAAGGAAAAUCCUCAUGGUUGCAGACCAGAGGCAGAAAAUUGCAACAAUGAGACCAAUAUAUCAGCAAAUGUAAAAGAUGAUACACAAACUGAGACCUCUGAGUCACAGGAAAGCCAGACGGCCCUCAAGUUGGGGUUUACCCUCCCUGCUUCAUGUUAUGCAACUAUGGCCAUAAGGGAGCUGCUGAAGACAUCAACCUCGGUUGCAUUUCACAGGGCGCUGAACUAAACCAUUCACGUCCGAAGCCAAUUCAUUCCCUUCUUGAUGGAGUCCCUGGCUUAAGAUAUGUUCACUCUACUUGCUUUUAAUUUAUGCUGUAUGAAUCAGGAAUGCCAAAUUUUGAAUUGUUUUACUUUCUGUCAACCUCAUUAUUGGACAUCAAAUUGAUGAACAAAACUCACAACCAACUGAUUCCAUUAUGAUUCUGCCCCCAUCAAAUGAAAUGAAGAAUAUAAUUUGGACAAA